CUUCACGUAGUUGAGAAAAGCUUUGCGUCAGUGUUGAAGCAGAGAGACCGGGAUCCCAGCGGCACGCUGCCGCUUACAUGAAACGACUGGAGUCUCAGCAGUGAAAACCAUUGUUUUCUCCUCUUUUCUUUCAUUACACUUUCAUAAACGGUGACGAGAUGCACUAGAUCAUGUAGGAUAAAUCAUUAAAAACAUUUUUUUUUUUACUUUACUGGAUGUAACUGUGAACCAAAUUCGUCCUGCGGCGUUACAUUGAUAUUCUUAUUUUGUGACAUAUUCAAGUGCGAACUUUCUGAAAACUAUUGCGAGAUAAGUCAUCAGUCAGAUAACAUUUUAAGCCCUCGACGAAGAGACUCUUUUAGGCCUGUGACAGAAUCAUCAUGAGUGAACAGAGUAUCUGUCAGGCGCGGGCCGCUGUCAUGGUGUAUGACGAUGCCAAUAAGAAAUGGGUUCCAGCCGGCGGCUCCACGGGCUUCAGCAGAGUGCACAUAUACCACCACACGGGCAACAACGCCUUCCGGGUGGUGGGACGCAAAAUACAGGACCAUCAGGUGGUAAUAAACUGUGCCAUUCCCAAGGGGCUCAAGUACAACCAGGCCACACAGACCUUCCACCAGUGGCGCGAUGCCAGACAGGUCUACGGACUCAACUUUGGCAGCAAAGAGGAUGCCAACGUAUUCGCCAGUGCCAUGAUGCAUGCCCUGGAGGUGCUCAACUCUCAGGACACAGGCCCGACGUUGCCAAGACAGAGCCCCCAGGUUCAGAAUGGACCUUCGCCAGAGGACCUGGAGAUGCAGAGAAAGCAGCUGCAGGAGCUUCAGAGGCAGAAGGAGAUGGAGCGCGAGCGGCUGGAGCACGAGCGCCAGGAGAGGGAACGGCUGGAGCGUGAGAUGCUGGAGAGGGAGCGUGAACGGGAACGUCAAGACCGUGAGCGUCAGGAGCGAGAGAGGGAGCGCGCCGAGAGGGAGAGGGAGCGCGCCGAGAGGCAGCAUGUGGAGCGCGUCGAACGGGAUCGCCUGGAGCGUGAGCGUCAGGAGCAGUUGGAGAGAGAGCAGUUGGAGAGAGAGCAGUUGGAGAGAGAGCAGUUGGAGAGAGAGCAGUUGGAGAGAGAGCAGUUGGAGAGAGAGGUGGCGGAGAGAGAGCAAUUGGAGAGAGAGCGGGCGGAGAGAGAGUGGGAGCUGAUGGAGAGCGAGAAGCAGGAGAGGGAGAGGAUGGAGCGAGAGACUCACCAGGAGCAGCAGUUGGACAGAGAGCAGAUGGACUGGGAGAGAGGGAGACGCAUCUCCAACGCCGCUCCCCCUGCCUCUGCUGACCUCUCUGUAAACCUCUCUGAGCUGGGAGACUCCUGCUCCUCGGCUCCAGAGGCCUUUCAGCCUGCAGACCCUCUGGCCCAGCAGGACACAGUGUUGACGCCGGUGCUGCCCACCCCCUCCCCCCCCCUCCCUCCCGGCUCCACUGUGACCCCCACAGCCUCUGCCCAACCAGGCCCUCCUCCCCCUCCCCCUUACCCCCACACUCACCCCUACAAGCGGCGGCCCCCUCCCCCACCCGGUCCCCCACCUUCCCUCGGUGGCCAGGCCCACCCUCCUCCUCCACCAGCCCCUCCCCUGCCGCCCGGUCUCUUCUCCCCCUCGGAGGACCGCCCCCUGUCCGGGCUGGCCGCUGCCCUCGCUGGAGCCAAGCUGCGUAAAGUGCCACGGAGUGAUAGUGGUGGUGAUGCGGCAGCUGCUCUGGCUGCAGCCAUGGCUGGGGGCUUGGCUGGCGCUACAGGGGCCAAACCUGGAGGGAACGGCCCUCUGGGAGGAGCACCUGGAGGAGGGGGGUUGAUGGAGGAAAUGAGCGCCCUCCUGGCCAGGAGGAGAAGAAUUGCAGAGAAGGGAUCAUCGCCUGAGCCGGAGCAGAGAGCUGACGACGGUGGCAGCGAGGGCACCACGACUCCUAAAGUGUCUGCCUGUAGCACACCAGACAUGCCCAGGAAACCAUGGGAGAGGAGUAACACUAUGAAUGGUAGCAAAUCCCCAGUCAUUGGAAGACCAAAAUCCACACCGACUGGAUCCCUAAGUGCCAACGGGGUGCCAACAGAAGGUCUCGACUAUGACAGAUUGAAACAGGACAUUCUGGACGAGAUGAGGAAGGAGUUAUCAAAACUGAAAGAGGAACUCAUUGAUGCCAUCAGAGAGGAGCUGGGCAAGUCGAACACUGUGUAGAAGGAUCUCACCUCCCUGUAAAUUACACCUAUUACCGGACAACUGAGACAGGUCAACUUCAGAUAGGACAAUAUUAUAAAGCAACAAACAAGGUAAAAAAAAGUUUUAAAAGGUGGCGAUGAUGAUGACGACAACUGAAUUAAUACAGCAGACAGUUUGUGGGCGGAGCAGCGUCAGGCACACAACUGGGGACGAGGGCGUGCGGGAGGCGUGUAGCAUGGAAGCACUGCUGGCGUCCAUCUUGUGAAGUCUGGCCGUUGCUGCCAUUUUCCCACAGCCUCACCUGGAGGACAGGACACAGUCAUGAAGAGAAUUGACUGUCAUUAUGCAAAGAUUUCUCUCUUUGUCGAUAACACAAGAAAACAAGGAAAAUCAACAAAAAACUAACUAUAUUGAACUGUAUACUGUAUUAACCAUUGAAGUGUGAGAAGUCAGACAGCGGUCACACUAAGAUUUGGAACGGUUGGUGCGCACUUGUGAUUUCAAAGCAAAAAGGCACGUUUAGUGGGCGAGUGUUAAGUUUGGAGGCAGGAGGGGAGGGAAAGGGAAGUAGGACUCAGUUUCCCAUAGGGCCAUAGGAGGGAGCCUCUUGAUGUGAAUGAGGGACUGACUGGUGGACUUGGUAUUGUCUACUGCUGCAGGACUCUGUAAUGCUUGUCUUCCUCAAAUACUAUUUUAACCUGAAUAUGUACAAAAGAAGAAAAAAAUGAUAUCUACAAGUCUAUCAAUUGUCUGUUUUAAUGUAAACCAUGGCCAUAUCAAGUAGCUUAAUCAAAUAUUUUCAAGAUGGUCUUUUGGUCUGUUUGGCUUAAUAUCUGAAUAUCAUGAUCUUCUUUUUUUCUAUCAAAAUGAUUGCUGUAACAAGCUACUGUACUGCAUUUCUUCUCACUGUUUCGGUGUGUUGCAGGCUGAUGAGACGGUCACAAAGGGUACAUGCCUUUCUACAGUCAAUCUGUGUAGCUCUUUACCAAACAACCUCUGUCAAUUAGUGAUGGUUAAUACUGCUAAAAUCACAAUGACCAGAUCUGGAGAUGGAGCUAUUUGAAAUCUCUGUACUGUUAUUAUGAACUAAACCUUUUUUUUCCUCCCUCUCA